AUGUCAGCCUACAAGGCACUAAAGGCUGCUCAUGAACAGCUGACAGCCGAAGCAGCAGCGAAAGACAAAAUGGUGUCGCAGCUAGAAGCAAAAGUACAGCGACUUACUGCUGCUGCUGCAGCGGCAGAGACGAGCCGAACAAAUGCUGCAGCAGCAGCAGCAGCAGCAAAAGCAGAGAUGGAGAGACUGGAGAAGACUGCAGCAGCAAAGGAGACAGAAACUGUUGAAAGGCUGAAGGCAAUCAACUGCCAGCUGACGCAUCAACUCGCCGAUGCGAAGGCCGCUACGGCGAGGCUAGAGAAGCAGCACUACGAACAGCAGCAGCAGCAGCAGCAGCAGCUGCAGCAGCUGCAGUCGGAGAACGAUGAGUUGCACGCAAUGCUGGCCGUAGGUUCAAAACCCUCGAUAGACAAGAUAGCAGCAGCAGAAAGAGACGCAGCUUCUGUGCGGCAGCAGCUGCAUUUGCUGCAGCAGCAGAUGCAGCAGCAGCAGCAGCAGCUGCAACAGCGCGAGGAACUGAUGAAACAGCUGCAGCAGCAACGGGACGCCUUGGAGCAGCAGCAGCAGCAGCAGCAGCAGCAACCCUCACAGCUGCAGCAGCAACACGCAGCACAAAUCAAGGCCCUACGAAACCAGCUUCAAGCUGCUCAGGAGGAGGCCGCAGCGGCUCAACGGCAACGGGAUGCCCAGGCGCUGAUAGUAGAGAAGCUGCAGCAGCAGCAGCAGCUGCAACAGCAAAAGGCAGAGGAGCAGCAGCUUUUGCUGCAGCAGGAGCAGCAGGAAAAGCAGCAGCUGCAGCAGCAGCUGGAGGAAUAUCAGCAGCAAGAACAGCAGCAGCAGCAGCAGCAGCAACAGCAGCAGCAACAAUCACUAGCUAUUGCAGAGCCCUCUCAAUCGGCGCAUCUCGAGCAGCAGCAGCAGCAGCAGCAGACGAAUGAAAGCCUCGUAGGGCGCGGCGUCCUCUCGCGAUAUCGUGCAGAGGCAUUUCAAAUCGCAGCUGGAGCACGGGAGAGGGAGCAGCAGCUGCUGCUGCUUGAAAGUGAGUUGCGCUUCGCCCGCCAGGAGAAGGAGGCCUUUAGUUCAGAGUGUUUGGCUUUAGCUUCUACUGUUGAAGCCCUCAGGCUCGUUGCUGCUGCUGAAGCACUAGCUGAGAUGGAGCAGCAGCUAGAGCAAGCAACAAAGGAGACGAAGGAGUUGAGGGAGGAGAGAGAAGUUUUAUUAAAAAGAAUAAAAGAAAUGCAGCAAAACCCUUAA